AAUGUCAUCCCGCUGCAGCGAGGAACUGUAAAUAGCAAAGAAAGUGUACCCGUGUUUGCUGCCGCUCGGCACCAAAAUUUAUCACAUUGUAUGACGGUCGGGUGUGUUUUAGCGCGUUACCGAGUGCAAUACAACGUAGUGCUGGACGCAUUCCUAUUGGGCAGUGCAGUGUGCGCCUCGUGGUGUGCGAAAUGGGCGAUAUUCUGUGGUCCCCAACGAUGAACGAGCCGUCGACGUCGCAGCCGCAGCUGCCGCGGUUUACCGAAAAUGAUCAACUGUUCGACGAGCUGCUGGAAAACAUCGUGUAUGUGGGCAACCUGCCGAAACAGAUCAUGCUGACCGAUCUGAUAGAGCUGUUCAAGUACGCCGGCCGGAUCGAGCGCGUCGCCUGGUACGGUGAGCAUCGUACCGACAUCAACACGAAGGUGGCAUUCAUCCGCUUUCGACACUCGCGGCACGCGAAGGAGGCGGCAAAAUGGGACCGGAUACGCUACCAAGACUCAAUACUCAUCGUGAUGCAGAUAUUCAAGGACCAGUGGUUCGACAUGAGCGUAUCGAUAAUGGUGCGAAACAUACGCGACGAUACAACCGACUGGCAGCUGUACGAAGCAUUUCGACGGUUUGGCAAAAUCUACGGCAUACUGAUACCGACACACGGUACCGCGUACGUAGGAUUUUACUAUGAGGCCGAAACACAGUGCGCACUGGAAAUGAACAACAACAUGUUCAACGGCAACAGGAUGCGGGUGGAAAUGUUGCGACGGAACCUGCCACUGCAGCAGAUCGAUAUAUUCGAUAUCACAAAGAACGAGGUGCGCCUGCUGCGCGACAUGCUGCUCGAGGUGGACGAAAAGCUCGAACAGUUCUACUCGGCGUACGACGAAGCGUUCAACUACUCCUCCAAAGAUUACCGCCGGUGGAAGCGGAAGCGGCGUCGCGUAACGCCCCUGCUGAGCGAUUCCAGCUCGUCGUCCGAGAGCAGCUCGUCGAGCGUGUCGGAGAUAUCGAACCGCAGUGCGACCGAGGUGCGGCGCAUACUGUGCGGCUCGAACGAGGAGAACCGCUGUCUCGGCAUCUUCGGCAUGAACCCGGACACGACGGAAAAGACGCUGAUGAAGCUGUUCUCCCGCUACGGUCACGUGAAAGACAUCAAGCUAAUCUACGACGGCAAAACGAACGUGUCGCGCGGCUACUCGUUCAUCUACUUCAAGCAUGCCAGCGAUGCGCGCCGCGCGCAGCGCAAACUGAACGGCACCAUGCUGGAGGGGCGCAAGGUGCGGGUCGACUUUAGCCGCAGCAAGCCGCACGAACCGCGGGCCGACCGGCGCAAGCGCGUCUCGCCCACGGUCGCGUCGACCAGUGCGGAUCGCUGCUGCCAUCGCCGGCAUGGCGCCACCCAUCACAAGAAGCGCAAAAAGCGUCGCGUCUGCUACUCGUCGUCGGACUCGGAAUAAUUGUGCGCUACACAACACGGUAUCGGGCAAGGCGGAAAGCGGAGCGAACGUGGUCACUGACGGUACUGCUGGAGAGCCAAACUCUCUAACCGCCCAUCUUAUCAACCUUACCAGUUUUUAGUCGUACACCGACAGAAAGGACACUCCAUCAUUAUACCAAUCCUCCCUCCCCUCUUUUUUUAGUUGCUUAUUUUCUAUGUGCUUUUAGGCGUGAUGUCAUCGAAUGGUCACAAUACCAUCAUCGUUUGUUUAAGGCAAGCCCUGCACUAUCAAAACAUCCGGAGACCACAUGGUCAAUUACCAUUUUCUUCAACAACCAUCUCAAGAUUCAUGCACAACGCUGCAUGCACAGCACAACAGCUUCAAACAAACAAACAAUCGUUCUUUUCCUUGGCAAAUGCCAUCCUCCAACUCAAACAGUGUGCAAAGAACGCAAACAAAAGGCAGUAAAUUCAGCUUCUAUCAAGAACAAAA